CAAUCGGAGCGCAGUUUCAGUCAGUGCGGAAGUACAGGAAGCCGGUUGCUCAAAGCCUUCAUUCGCAACCAUGCUGCUGUGGGUUCUGUCCGGGUCUCUGGUUCUGUUCAGCAGUAUCGAUGUCUGGUACUUCCUGAGAGGUUCCUGGAUGGUGAUCAAGUCCUUGUUCCAGGGCCCGAUCCAAGAUGUUCUGGCCGAGCAGGUGGUUCACGGACGGGUUCUUCUUCACGAUCUGGACUACAUGUUUCACAUGAAUAACGCUCGCUAUCUGCGCGAGUGCGACUUCGCCCGCUUUGCGCACAACACCCGAAACGGGCUUUUCAGGGCCGCCCGGGCGCUCAACGCCACGAUGGUGGUCGGAGCGUCGACCAUCCGCUACAGGCGCUCGCUGGUUCUCGGCGAGGCGUUUGAGCUGCGGACCCGCAUCGUGUCCUGGGACGAGAAGUCCUUCUACCUGGAGCAGAGGUUCGUCUCCAAGUCCGAUGGGUUCAUCUCAGCUGUCAUGCUGUGCAGACAGAAUGUGAUCCGCAGCUCUCCAGAGAAGAUCUUGGACUUCCUGUGCAAGAGAACGGUGGAGUGCCCUGAUGUACCUGAGGAUCUGCAGCACUGGAUUCGGUUCAUCACCGCCAGCAGUCAGGCAUUGAGAGCAGAAAGUGGAUUAGAUGAGAAGACCAAAUGAUCACUUCAAAGACUCUUACCAUAAACCUCCCUUGUGCAUGUAAGUGUCCCCAUCAUGCUAACCUUGAAUUGUGUAACUUCUCUCUAAGAUUAGAACGUGCGAAAGGGAUUACUGAUCCAGGACCAGUGGCUUUUUUAUCAUAAAUCUGUUUGUCUAUUUAUUCUGUGUUCUGUAUGGUUUGUUUUAGUUUAGAAAUUUAACUGAUGUAUUUAAAAUUCCAAUUGAGAGGCUGCAAGUAAAAAAAAAAGAUACAUGCUUACAUGAACGAAUGUUUGAGGUUGAUAAUCAUGACUUGAAUUUCAGAGUGUUUUCAACACUCACACGACCAAAUGAGCAUCAUUUUUUAAGUUGAAGUGUGUACAGUAAUAUCAGCUCGACUGGAGUAACCAAACAAGAUAAUAAAUGUUUUCAAAUGGGGUUUCCAAGCACUCCCACAGGCUGUCAUCACAUAGGCCCUGUCCCAAAUGGCACCCUAAACACUCACGGCCUUCCUACAAAUCAGCACUUUUGUGGUGUGCAAUGCCACUUUGGUUAUCGGGAAGACGUCUGUUGCGAAGUUUGCACAAAAGCGGGUUCAGGAAAAGUGUGCAUCGAGGGCGCAUAUUGACUGGCCCAUGAGUACACUUUUCAAACCUAAAAUAAGAGAUGGGAGGCGAGGGUGAAGAAUUGAAGAAUUAUGCGUAGAUAUGAAUAAAUGGCAAGUCCACAUAAAGUGUGCCAUUUGGGACCCAGCCGUAGUCUAAACCCAAAAUAACACCAAAGGUUAGCCAGUGUUACUGUUUUAGGUUGGUUUGAACAGACCAGUGGUGUAGUUGGGGCCAUACGCACGUAUACACAGUAUGCUUACUUGUUCUACAUCGCUGUUUGCGUAUAACAACUUUUCCAUUAGAUAGUACACCCCGGUACGGUUCACUACACCUCACUUGUGGGGUGUUUUCCACUCUGUACAGUUACUAGCACCUGAUACUUUUUUUUAGUACCACUUCGGUUGAGGUUCCAGCCAAACUGAUACUAAAACGUGACGUGUAAUGGGGCGUACACACCAAAUGCGAAUUCAACGAAUUGCGCAAGUAGAUUACAUACAAAGUUAAUGCAAAUAGACACGAACUGAUGCUGGGCGAUGCAAAUGACGUGAAUUGGAUGGCGCGAUUGCCACAAAAACGCGCUAUUCGUCUCUGCGCAAGUAUAAAAUAUUCAACUCAAGCAAAAAAUUCACAUGACACAAAGUUAAAUCCCGCGAGUAAUCAAGAGUGAGGAACACAAUGCUUCGCGUUUGGUGUGUAUGCAGCAUGAUAGCACUGCAGAUCACUGAUUGGUCAGAGAGAAUCUUCACUAUCAGCGUCAUUGUUAAAUGCAAGAUUAGCUUACCUCUGUGCGGCAUUAAACAAACUAAGCAAUGUUGUCAUCUGUGCUUUGUUGUACAAGUUUCCAAACUCCCUUUUAGCAGUGAGAAACAUCCACAUGGUGAUAAUCAAGAACACCAUUCCAUCGAAAUGCACCGUUGUUCCUGUAUUGCGCUUUUGUAUGUACUGUUGGUAAAGUUACAUCUAUGUCGGUACCAAGUGAAAUCAUGCAUAGUUGGUGUUAAUGGUCACUUUGACUACAUUUAAACAGUAAAACUAUUUCAGAAGAUGUAUUGAAUAGUAAAAAUCUUGUGUAUGUAAUGUGAUUUGUUAAAAAGAUAUGAUGCUAUAUAAAUAAUAUUGUAGUGCAGUCGACCGUACUGUAACUUUUCAACUACAGCAGUGUCCAAUGAAUGUAGUUGGUGUUACUGUUAAGUCACUUCUUGUUUCAAGAAAUUUACGGUUUGAUGAUGAUCAACCUCCCAAUUUCACUUUCAUUGUUCAAGUCCUGGGCAAGACAUUACGCACAGUCACAGCGAUGUUAUUCUCUCAAUAUAUAGAAAAUUUGUCUGAAAAGCGCUAUUACUUCAUAAUCGAAGUGAAGAAUUAUGCGUAGAUAUGAAUAAAUGGCAUAUUUAAUUGUCAGGUUACUAGUAAAGCAAACAAAUACACUGAGUUCUGUAUUUUGUUUUGGUCAUUCGACGUUUUCGUUAGGACUACACCACUGGAACAGACCCAUGUUUUAAAACAGUAUGAAGUGUUUACACUUCUUGUAAAAAAUACACCUGCAAAUGGCUUACCUGUAUUUAACUUGCACACAAUAUGCUAGGGUAGGGUAAAGUGUUGUAUGUGACAUUACACACUUCAGCUUUAACUUGAAAUUGUGUUGAAACCGAUUGCGUUGAGUAUUUUAUUUACUACAUAUGGGAAACGACAUUGAUUUUCUGAGCACUGAAGUUGAACAUAUUACAGUGUUGUUUUACCCUGAAUGUCAUAUAUGAAUUGUUUGUGCUGGUCAAAUAUAUUACUGUAAUUAUUUAUUCCAGUUUAAAGUAAAAUAUUCAUUGUUAUUUAUGAAAAGGGAACAUUUAUUUAUUAAAACGAAAAUAUUUUGCGCAACAUAUUAAUUUAUUAGAAUAAUUUAUUUUAAGGAGAUAAAGCACUUGUUAUGAAACUUGAACAUCUUGCAUUAUGAAAUAAAAUCUCCAUAAAAAUAAAGUUUUGUAC